AUGGUUAUCAAAUCUUUGUUACCAUUAUCUGACGAAAAAGAACAAAACCAUAAACAUGAACAGCAUGUACUCAUUACAGAGUAUUUAAUAGGUACAAAUAAAACAACAAAAGAAACUAAAGAAGACGAACAUAAUAUUAUUGCUGUUAGUCCAAAUGAUCAUAGAUGGUAUCGAUUAAUCGAAUUACGUAAUGGUUUACGUUGUAUGUUAGUAACAAAUAAUUUACUAGAAAACGAAGAAGGUAAACAAGAAGACCAAGAACAAGAAGAGGAAGAUGAGAAAAGUAACCAACAUGAUACUGAAGGACUAUCUUCUGAUGCAGAAAAAGCUUUUUUUAAAUAUCAUACGACGACUGUCGCUUUGUAUAUUCCAGCAGGUUCUCUUCUAGAUCCUUCAAAUGUACAAGGUCUUGCUCAUUUAACUGAACAUUUAAUAUUUUCUAGUUCAUCAAAAUAUCCUGAAAUGAACUGCCUUGAUUCAUUUGUAUCUUAUCAUGGUGGAACCAUUCAUGCAUAUACAGAACUUGAAUUUACAGUUAUUGUUAUUGAAAUUUCGUCGAAUCGCGUUGUUGAGACGCUUGAUAUUCUCAUACAUUCACUAAUUGAUCCUCUUAUGUUGUCUGAAACAAUAUUCGAUCAAAUUCAAAUUAUUGAUGAAGAAAGUACCAUUGCUCAAUUUGAUGAUCAUUAUCGAGCAUCACGCUUACUUGCACAUUUAGCGAAAGAAAAUCAUCCAAUAAGAAAUUUUUCUUGGGGAAAUAAAACGAGUUUAAAAGACUUUGUUUCAAAUGUUAAUAGUACUACAAUUUUAAAACAACUAGUUAAAGAUCGAUAUUGUAUUCCAGAAGGAAUGAAUCUUGUUAUGAUAUCAGAUGAAUCAUUUCGAGUCAUGCAGCAGCGUGUUGAACGACUAUUUUGUUUAAUGAAACGCAGUUUUAAAAUUUUACCUGAUUAUAUUGGUUUAAAAGAACCAUGGAAUACAGAUAAUUUUCAAAAGUUUCAUCUUGAACUCUUCCAUAUGACACAAAAUCUACUUGAAUUGGGUUAUAUACCAAAAAUUUUAUUACCUUCGCUUCGUGCAACUCAAUUACCAGUUCAACAGACGAUUACGAAAGUCGAAAGUUAUCAAUCGAAUGAUUGUGCUACUCAUAUGUUGAUCUUUUUCGAACAUGGUAUUACUUUGAUACGCGAUUAUAUUCUUAUAGAAAUUCUUGCUGAAAUUAUACAAGAAUCACUUGAAGAUUAUUUACAAACAAUUGGUCAAAAUCAUUUUACAUGCAAUGUAACACUUCGUGAUACUUAUGGCAUUAUUUCACUACAAAUUGAAUUAAUGUUUUCAUGUGAAAUUCAUAAUUCAAUGGAUGUGGUUGAUUAUGUAUCGAGGUUUUUUGUUCAAUUUAAAGAUCUUAUCAUGGAAACAACAACAAUAGAAUUUGAACGACUUUUAAGCAUGUUUCGAAGUACAAAACAAACUAUUGAUAAUUCUUUACAAACAUGUGUCGAUCGAUAUUGGACUGAAAUUAUAUUAAAUUCAUUAGUAUUUGACCGGCAUAGUCGAGAACGUAAUUCUCUUGAUACUUUAACUGUAACUGAUAUGCAAGAAUGGUUCAAUGAACAUAUCAUUGGAUCUGCACGUCGUCAAUUAAUUAUCAUUGUGUGUCCUCAAGAUGAAGUAAGACGAAAACCAAUAGAUAUUAUUCAAAGUAACCGAGCAUCUCAUGGAACACGUGAUAAUCAACAGAAUCGACAUAGUAUUCGAUCAAAUGGUACAGUGCCAAUAGAACGUCUUUCACGGCUGGUACAUCGUCAAGAUCUAUUCGAAGACGAAGAAAACACGAAUGGACAUGUAUCUGUUUUACAAUCAAAAUCAGAAUCAAAACUACGUUGUUUAACAACAAAACGUAAACAUAAUAUUAAUUUACGUCUAACUAGAAGUGAAACACUAUAUUUAAAUAAACCAUUUGAUUAUCCAAAUGAUGUGAUGAAACUUGAUUAUAUUAUUAAAUCAUUUGAAUCAAUUGAAAUUAAUGAUGAUCAUAAUAAAAAUCAAUAUGAGAAAUCUUUAAAAAUAUUAUUGGAAUCUGAUUCCAACGAAUCGGAAAAAUCUUAUGUAUUUAUACAUAAUUUAAAACAAUUCAAAGAAUCAUGUUUAUUAUAUAAUGUUACAUAUGUUAAAUAA